AUGGAUUUGGAACCGAUUGCCAUUCCCGAGAGAUCGGUGCGAGGACUUCGAGACAUUUCACCAUCAUCGUCGUCUCCCUCGUCCUGCCGUACCCUCUCACUCGACUCUCGCUCAUCUGCAUCAACAAAGCCAUCUUCAAGGGGGACCUCUCCUGCUCUCGAAAAAGAAAACAGCAGCAGUCCUCGGGGCAGAAGCAGACGCAACCCAAAGCAGACCACACCCUCCUGGAAUCUCAUGUUCCACCCACGAUCAUAUGAAGAGAUAUAUGCCGAACGGGCAUAUCUUACAACAUCACUCAAUGUGUAUUCAAUCAAGGUGAUGGAAUUGAUCAACCAGUACGCCCUGAUCGAAGAAGUGCUUCAAGCAAAAGAGCAUCCUGGGAAGGAGAGACGGAAGCUUCGCAAGCAAAUGAGCUUCAUCAAGGUCAAGUUGUCCGAGGCAUCUCGCCAGGAAAAGGCCAUUGUGAUGAGGCUGAGCGAGCUGCACAUGGAGCAACUGGGGAGAGAUGCCUGGGAUCAAAUACAGCAGCGCAGAAUGUUUUACUCGAAUUUUUCGUCCGAUGCGGCCAUGCCGUCAGCCUCUCUAGGGACGCCGCUCAGCGCAACAUCAAAGGAAUUUGUGCCAUCUGCCGGCCCACCAGUCUGUGCUGAAUGUUGUGCAUUAGAAGUGGAGAAGUCUCGGACCCUUGACACCGUGGUUGAGGCUAAGGAAGAGGGUGAUGACGAUGACGAGAGUCUCGAGGAAGAAGAAGAAGACGUCAUGACUGAGGCGGAGGGUCACACGGGGGAUGAAGAUUUGUGUAAUCAUGGAUUGGAGUACACAUACCAGGGCUACUCAGACUCUGAAAAUACCCAGCUGCGGCCGUCCCACCUCAUUGAGAGGCUGUCUUUAUGCGCAGAAAGACGAAACAGUCUCCCAAGUCUUUGUUCGGUUUGGCCCGUCGCUGAAAGCAGUGGCUGA